GUUYUYGUGYUUGCGUGGGUUUUCUCUGGGCACUCCGGUUUCUUCCACAGACCAAAGACUUGUAUAAAACGUUGCCUUCAGGCCCAGGACUCCAUUGGAGAAAAGCUCAUUGAUCACAGUGGGAUUUGCCUGGAUAAAUAAAGGAUUUGGUGUGUGUCAUCCCAGUGAAGUGAGUGGCCUUUACAUCACAGAGAGAGGUGCCAACAGAAUAACAGGAUGCCUAUUCCUCCUCCUCCACCUCCUGGACCCCCACCUCCCCCAACUUUCAGUCAGGCGAACACAACUCCUCCCAAACUGAGUUCUUCUGAAGCAAAAGGCAGAGGAGCACUUCUGUCAGACAUCUGCAAAGGAGCUAGAUUAAAGAAGGUCACAGAGGUGAAUGACCGGAGCGCUCCUGUUCUAGAGAAUGGUUCUGCUGGUGGUUCUGAUGGUAGAUCGGCUCUGCGACCUCCUGGAACUCGGCCUGCAGCACCUCGUCCCCCAACAGGCCGCUCCACCUCACCCUCUCCAGCCAACAAACCCUCCCCACCGGAGCAACAGCGCUCGCACCGCCCCUCGCUGCCGGACAUCUCGCGCUCUUCUAGCAGCAGCUCUUCUUCCAGCAGUGGGAUGAAGCACAGCACCUCUGCACCACCUCCUCCUCCUCCACCCUUCAACAAAAACGGUCGUGGUAAUGCUCCCCCUGCCCCACACCAGAAGGCUCCCUCUCCCACAUCAUCCUCYCACAGCAGAGAGAAACCACCGACGCCCAGCAGAGGCCCCACUCCUUCUAACACUGUGAAGCCACCUCAGUCUUCCAGCAGGCCACCAACUAGUGGCUCAUCUGCACCGCCCCCUCCCCCACCAUACAGAUCUCAUCUAAUCUCCAAUGGGCCUCUUCAAACAGACGGGCCUAGGGCUCCACAGCUGCCCCAGAGGAACAACUCACUGCGCAAAAAACACAUGUCAAGUAGCAGCCAAGGACGCAGCCAUGCCCCACCACCACCUCCUUCACCAGCACCUUCUUCUCAGCAGGCCAGCAGACCACCACCACCUGUCAGAGAACCACCGGGACGUAAGACAGCUCCCCAGGUGCCCCCUCCAAGUUCUCGUAACGGUGGACGAGAUGCUCCUCCUCCUCCUCCAUACCGGGGCCACAGCUCAGAGCCCCCCAGCCGGGUGGGGAAACCACCUCCUCCUCCCUCCAUCUCAUCUUCCUCCAUCUCAUCUUCCUCCUCAUCCUCCCGGACCCCAGCUGGACCACCUCCCCCACCUCCACCUGUCCGCAACGGUUAUUCCAGCAGCUCCUCUAAAUCCAUCAUAGAUGAUUUUGAAUCCAAGUUCAACUUCCAUCCUGUUGAAGACCUUCCACCUCCAGAGGAUUACAGGCCAUUUAACAAGGUCUACCCCAGCAGAACCGAAAAGACUGUGAUGAGAGGAGCUCCUCCAGCUCCUCCUGUGGGGAGGUGAACACACCUGAGCUCUGAACUUGGACUGUCAGAUGAUUCAUCGAGCUGUUGGAGAGAAUUACGCACCCACACUACAACACACACACCCACACUACAACACACACACAACCACACUACAACCCCAGCUUUGACACAAGAACAGAACCCCUAACCUCUGCGACUGGGCCCACCUGGACGUGUGUCGAUGACUGACCCGACCUAUCAGGACCAAACUCCACACGCUCCCAGCAUCUCUGCAUUCCAGCUUCUGUUUUUCUUUAAUGUCUGUUUUUGAUUACAAUGUUGAUAGUUGUGAUAUUACUUAUGACAUGACAAUUUUGUUAUUUUUUUUUUAGGUGUCUGCAAUAAUUUGUUGGGGGUAAAAAUCAGUAGUACACAAGUCUGAAGGAACAACAGGAGGAAUUCCACUCAUGUUUCUGCAAAACUAAUUUUGCAGAUGAGGUGCUCAGCAGUAGCUGUGAUUUAGAAUAGCUCUAGAUGUUGAUAGCCAUUCCAGCUGUGCCAGGUAAGGGUGUGUUUCAGUCAGCUCGUUACUUAUUCUCAGUGUGCCAAAUCUUAUGGAGUCACAGGGAUGAUGCAGUGUGAUGAGUUCUGUAUACGUCCCAAGGAAAACAGUCAUUUCUCCUCUUUGAUUGAGGAUGAAAGCUGUGUGUGCUGUCUGCUUGUUUCUUCAUUUAGGACAUGUUGUGUGUUUUAUUUUUCCAUCUUCUAGCCUUUUUUCUCCACAGCUUUACUGUUAAACUGACAGAUGCACUGUGCACGAUWAAGACUUGUGCACCUAAGACAUCAAGAUUUCUUUCACAUUGAUAAGAAUGUUUUUUGAUGUGUCAGCACAAAAUUAUUUGUUUACUGGACCAAGUUCAAGUGGUUUAGCUGCAGGUUUUAGAGCCCUUCGGAUGAGUUUACAAGGGAAUCGUUUUGUCAUUUUCUUUAGCGCUCUUCCUUUAGGGAAGUYGACCUAAAAACUGUUGUUUCUGCUGCUUUUGCUGCUUUAAAAGGAGACUAUAAGGUCAGAGAGGGAGAUUGUUUAUUUGCUAUGCAAGGAGCAGUUUGUACAGAUUGUAGCUGAGGAAAACAAACACUCAAGUGCCAGAAAACUCUAAAAAAACAUGGAGUUUCUAUAACGUACUUCAAAGUUCCACUUUAUGACACUAAUCACGCCACAGAUUGUUGAGACACACAAGAGGAGGUGCUGUUUGAGGUCAGGUUGUCCAUUCUUGGCGGUGCAGCACCUCCUGCUGGUCUUUGCCUUAUCUCAUUGGUACCAGUGCUGUUUUUGUUGGUUUUCAAGUGGAGGCUGGUGUCCAGAAAAUAAAUAAGAAACUAGUCUGUUUGAAAAUGCAAUAAAUAUUGUAUAUUUACAUUAAGGAAUAUGUUAAUCAUAGUUACUGAUCUAUUUUUAUGUUGUAAAGAUUGUUUAUAGGAGGGUAAAAACUUGUAACUAUGUUGCAGUGGGUGAGCAGGGCACCUCUCUGGAUGUUUGGGUGAAUGACCUGCAGGUGACCUUUACCGACAGGUGUUUUUUGUGUGGGGGGACUCCUGCAGUCCACAUGGGCUCUAAAUGUGAUGAAGGAUGGCAACAACUCAAGAGAGCAUCUUGCCAACUGAAGAGAGAACUCUGUAAUCACUUGUUAAUCAACCAUGUUUUAUCAAUUGAAAUGACUUUAAAUAAAUAUAUUCCUGUUGGGGAUAAAGGGUAACUGAA